GCGCGCGAGAUAGUCAAGUGACGCGCGAGAGCCAAGCUUUCGGACUAUAAAUUUCGAAAGUUCUAGAACACUAUACUUACACACUAUUUAUACCCGUUAGGACAACAUUGUUCAAUCAUUACAUACCUUACAUCAUUUCUCCUCCUCUGUGUCGUACGGGUUCUGUUAUGUUCCUUUUGUUUGCGAGGUGGCACGUGAGGAGAUCAAUAAUGUCAAAGAAGAAACCGGGAAAACUCAACGGCCUUGAACGACGUCGUAAGACAAAGAGAAGCUGCCUCGAGAAACGGAAGGCGACGGUGGAGAAGUUGAGUGUGAAAUUCGUUAAGAAGAAAGAAAACAUUCAGCGGAUGAAGAAGGAGGUGGACGAUAUGAUGGCCACACUGGACGAGACAGAAUCCGAAUGCGCCACGAUAAGGAACGAGCACAAGCUGGCGAUUGAGCGGAACGACGACCUCCAAUUCUUCCUCGACUACAUGCUGUUUACCUUGUUGCGCGGAUGAGUCAUAGUGGUAGACUAUAUAUAGUCCACGUUAUUCUUUGAUUAUGUCAAAGUUGUGAGUUGUAGUGAUUGUUAAUGAUGCCUAGUAUUUCUCAUCUGUCAAUAAUGACGGCUAUCUCUCACCCAGUUGAGAGUUAGUAGGAGGUUGUUGGAGUCAUAUAGUGAUGGACUAUGUCCAGCUUAUUCUU